UUACAAGACACAGCAAUGGAAGCUUGGUCAGUUGAUCAGGUCUGCAGCUGGUUGGUGGAGAAAAAUUUAGGAGAGCUAGUGCAUAGAUUUCAAGAGGAAGAAGUAAGUGGGUCCGCUCUUCUAGCACUUAAUGAUCGGAUGGUUCAGCAAUUGGUAAAGAAAAUCGGGCAUCAGGCUGUUCUGAUGGAUCUAAUUGAAAAAUAUAAGCAGAGUAGUCAAGGGCUGAGGUCGCCCGGAAGCCGUGGGGAAACAGCCCUGGUAAGGCAAACAGAAGCAGCCCCGGAGUAUGAACAAUCUGCCAGUCCAGCCAGUUACAGGGAGCAGAAGCUAUCUUUCUAUCCAGUAGAAAACCUUGUUAAUGGAAUGAUUGACCAAAGAGUACUGAAACCGAGAAGAAGUGUGAAGCAUAUUCUAGCAAGGAAUACAGGUUUGCAGUGGACCGGGUCCUAUGUUUUACCAGAGUUUCCCUAUGAUGUCAGGUGCAUGCUGGCAGAGCAGAAGUGUCCUGAUCACAGCAUGAGGAUAAGGAUGAUUGAGUUUCUCCAGGCAGACAUGACUAAGUAUCUGGAAGGCUCACUGUAUCCCAGCACCCAGCAGUACAACAAUGUGGUCAACGCCCUGUUGCAGGCCCACCCGUACCUGGACGAGGAUGGCUGUGGCUUUUUUUUAUGGAAACGAGCCCUCAAAGAUCGCUUUAAAUAUGUUCGAAGACCCAUAGAAGAUGAUGAGCAAGUGAUGAGAAAUAAGUGUAAAUUUGGACACCGAAGAGGCCAGACACAGAAAUCCCUUGCUAGUCUGAGAUGUGGUGAAGUUCAUAUUGUCCAGAUAAAAGAAGAAGCUGUUUGUUUUGCUUCUGAGGUAAAUGAACAUAUUAACUGGUUCCAGCAAGAAUAUAUAAAAAUAGAAAAGGACUGGAUGUUCAGAGAAUUCCAACUUCUUACAAGAACAGAUAUUUACAAGAAAACAAAGCACAUUUUGGAAUCCUAUUCAGAAAAUAUACUAACUUCUUAUAUAGUGGCAAAUAAUCCAAUCAAUAUUGUUUUGCAAGAAAAAAUGAAGCAGUGCACAGAUGAAGACAUACUGAAACAUAUGAAGAUGACGGCCACAUGUUUACUCCUACCAGAUGUUUUUGGGGAUGAUUCCAGCCUUUUUGUUGUUGUGAAUGAGAAGGUGCAGGUGACAACGCCCGUGUUAGAAGUUAAAAACCCUUUCAACAUCAAUGACUGUGAAUUUUCUUUGUAUUUAGAAAAAGAGAGGCUCACAAAGGUGGAUGACUGUGUUACGGCCUUGGCCGCACUGCUAGCUGCCUUUCAUGUAUUUGGGAUUAAGUGUCCGCAAAGACUGUGCCAAACCCUCAGAUUCCUAAAGACAUUGAUUUUUGAUAUGCAUCAUCCCUAUUUUUCCUCCGUAACAGGAAAAGAAUGA